AUGAGGUGGCUACAGCUUCUCACAGCAUCGCUGCUGCCGUUUACAGCUCUUGCCGCCAAGAAGGCCUCGGGCGACCGCUUCAAAGACGCCCGCGCAAAGUCACUGUCGAGCGGCGCUCCAUUGAAACUUGACGACGCAAGCUAUGCACAAUUGACCAAGGCCCCGAGAGACUACUCGGUCGCCGUCCUCCUCACUGCGCUAGAGCAAAGGUUCGCAUGCCAGCUAUGUCGAGAAUUCCAGCCCGAGUGGGACAUUUUGGGCAAGAGUUGGACCAAGGGCGACAAGAAUGGCGAGGGAAGGCUAAUUUUCGGAACCCUUGACUUUGUGGAUGGAAAGAACACUUUCCAGUCGAUGAUGCUCCAAACCGCCCCCGUCCUCCUCUACUUCCACCCCACAACCGGGCCCAACGCAAAACCCGACUCCCAACCCGUCCGCUUCGACUUCACCGGCGGCCCGCAAUCCGCCGAGCAAAUCCACACCUGGAUCGCGCGCCAGGUCCCCGCCGACGCCCCCAAGCCCUCCAUCUCACGCCCCAUCAACUGGGUCAAGAUUGGUUCCGUGACCAUCUUAUCCCUCGGUUCCAUCACGCUGCUCGCAGUUGCGUGGCCGUACCUCACUCCGAUUCUGCAGAACCGCAACCUCUGGGCGGCGUUCAGCUUGAUUGCCGUGCUGCUGUUUACCAGUGGACACAUGUUCAACCACAUCAGGAAGACGCCGUAUGUGCAGGGCGAUGGCAAGGGCGGACUCAGCUACUUUGCGGGCGGCUUCAGUAACCAGAAUGGCCUCGAGUCGCAGAUUAUUGCGGCAAUCUACGGUGUGCUUGCCUUUGCGACUAUCUCGCUCGCGCUCAAGGUCCCUCGAAUUGCGGAUGCGCGCGCGCAGCAAGUCGCAGUGUUCGUCUGGAGCGGUGUCCUGCUGUGCAUGUACAGCUUCCUGCUCAGCGUCUUCCGGAUGAAGAACGGCGGAUACCAGUUCUGGCUGCCUCCUUUCUAG